UUUCUUUCUUUCUUUCUCUCCUUGGUGUGUCCGCUCCGUCGGGGCUUCCCCUCCUCCUUCCGCCGCCAUGGAAGCCAUCAAGAAGAAGAUGCAGAUGCUGAAGCUGGACAAGGAGAACGCCAUCGACAGGGCCGAGCAAGCCGAGGCAGACAAGAAGCAGGCCGAGGACCGGUGCAAACAGCUGGAGGAGGAGCAGCAGGGCUUGCAGAAGAAGCUGAAGGGCACCGAGGAUGAGGUGGAGAAGUACUCCGAGGCCGUCAAGGAAGCCCAGGAGAAGCUCGAGCUGGCCGAGAAGAAGGCCACCGACGCAGAGUCCGAUGUGGCCUCCCUGAACCGGCGCAUCCAACUGGUGGAAGAGGAGUUGGACCGGGCCCAGGAGCGCCUGGCCACCGCUCUGCAGAAGCUGGAGGAGACCGAGAAGAUGGCAGAUGAGAGCGAGAGAGGCAUGAAGGUCAUCGAGAACCGUGCCAUGAAGGACGAGGAGAAGAUGGAGCUCCAGGAGAUGCAGCUGAAGGAGGCCAAGCACAUCGCGGAGGAGGCUGACCGCAAAUAUGAGGAGGUUGCCCGGAAGCUGGUCAUUCUAGAGGGAGACCUGGAGCGCUCUGAGGAACGGGCAGAGGUCGCUGAGAGCCGCGUCAGGCAGCUCGAAGAGGAACUCCGCACUAUGGAUCAGGCCCUCAAAUCCCUGAUGGCUGCAGAGGAAGAGUACUCCACCAAGGAGGACAAAUACGAGGAGGAGAUCCGGCUGCUGACAGACAAACUCAAGGAGGCCGAGACCCGAGCGGAGUUUGCAGAGAGGUCCGUGGCCAAGUUGGAGAAAACCAUUGACGACCUGGAAGAUGAGGUCUAUGCCCAGAAGAUGAAGUACAAAGCCAUCAGCGAGGAGCUGGACAAUGCCUUGAACGACAUCACCUCCCUUUGAGACCCCUCCUCACUUUGCCGGACCCCCACCACUGCCGGACCCCCACCUCCUCCUCUUUGUCCGUCUGUCUGUCCGUCUCUCCUUCCCUCUUUUCUUCCAUGGAUGCUUCUGCAGUGACCACUCUCCCUCUUCCCCUCCGGCCACAAAAGACCUCCAAGUGCCUUACUCUGUCUGUUUGUUGAGUUGGGGAGGGCAUGGAUCUUAAAGGGGGGGGGGGGUCUGCAUCUCUCUCCUUUUGCUCCCCCAUUUUGUGCCUUCACAAAUUGGGUUGGGGUCUUUGGCUUGCGGACUCCCAAAUUGAGUUGGGGGGGGGGUCUGGGGUUACGUGCAGGACAAGGAUCUCAAUUGGGGGCGGUCUGCAUCUCUCUCCUCCCCCUCCCCAUUCUGUGCAUUUAGUCACAAAUUGCGUCGGGGGUCUUUGGCUUGCGGACCCCCAAAUUGAGUUGGGGGGCAUCUGGGGUUAUGUGGAGGACAUGGAUCUUAAUGGGGGGGGUCUGCAUCUCCCUCCUCCCGCUCCCCCAUUCUGUGCCUUCAGUGCCUUUGCAAAUGGGUUAGGGGUCUUUGGCUUGUGGACCCCCAAAUUGAGUGGGGGGGGGGUCUAGGAUUAUGUGGAGGCCAUGGAUCUCAAUGGGGGGGGGUAUGUCUCUCCUUCCACUCCCCCAUUCUGUGCAUUCAGUGCCUUUGCAAAUUGGGUUGGGGGUCUUUUGCUUGCGGACCCCCAAAUUGACUUGCAGGGUGGGGGUCUGGGGUUACGUGGAGGACAUGGAUCUCAAUGGGAGGAGGGUCUGUAUCUCCCUUCUGCUCCCCCAUUCAAUGCCUUUGCAAAUUGGGUUGGGGAUCUUCAGCUUGCAGACCCCCAAAUUGAGUUGGGGGGAUUUCUGGGGUUACAUGGGCUGCUCCUUGCAAUUGAGGGGAGAAUGGGGAGUCCAGUUUAGACUCCGCCCCUGCUGUGCCCCCUCCCCACUCUGUCUGUUUGCCCUCCUGUCCAUCCAUCCGUCUGUCCGUCUGUCUACGGAGCAUCUCAUGACUCUCUUCAGACUUGGGUUCAAUAAAACGGUCUUUGCAAA